AUGAAGUCCACCGGGAACUCCACCGCAGCAGCAGCAGCGACGUUUCGGGCUGCGUCGUCGACGACAACGACGACGAGUGUGGAGUGCGCCAUGCGCUGCGCACAGCUGCUCCGUGCGCUGCUGCUCGCCGUCAUGCUCCACCAAAACCACCCACGCCGCUUACUGCAGCAGCAGCAACAGGAAGAAGAGCCACCGCAGCACAGCACGUCCCAGAAGAAAAGUCCUCUCACGUCCGUUUUGGGCCUCUUCGAGGACGCCGCCUACGCGCUGGACGUCUUGGCACCUUUGGCCGCACCCUCUGCUCCGUCGUUGGUGUCUUCCCCUGCCGGCGAGAUAUGCCAGCCGGGCGAACGCCUCGCCUCUCCCCCUCCGUCUUCGUCUUGUGUUGAAGCCCAUUCCGCAGUGGACGACUACACCCGCCUCGCCGCCCAAGCACAGGCAUCCCUGCACUUGUCCCGCUAUCAACGCCGCAUCUUGCGCGAUGGCGACGGGCACGAGGCGGUCGCCCUGCGUGAGUACUUCGAAGAGGACGACAUGAACGAGGCGCUGAGCUACACAGAUGAGGUGUGGUCUCCCCUGCCUUCCUCGAUGAGCCUCUUCAAGGUUGCGGCGGUGUUGGUGGAAAAGGUGGCGGCUGCGCUCUGCCCUGCGGUCGAUGAGAGCCCGAGUAGCAACCACACCGUCAGCAACAACAAUAGCUUUGCGCCACCCUCGCCCUCCUGCGCGGCACUGCUGUUACAGCCCAUCGCCACCGACGCGGGCAGCUUCUUUCUCCGGUGCGGAGAAGCCCUGCGCGCGCAGUGGCAGCAGCAGCGGUCCCGCCGCCUGCUACAACAAGUUGGGCACAACGAGGUCGCCGCCACCGGCGCAGAAGACACGUCGGCGGAAACAGCAGCGGCAGCAGUAGUAGCAUCGCGAGACCCAUUUCGCGCACAGGAAGAGCUGGAAGCGCGAGAGGAGUCGCACUACGCCACGAUUGUGUGGUGUGUCUUGUCCUUCCUGUGGCACAGCAGCAGCAGCGGUGCCCCGCAGCUGGACGAGCGCGGCGUCGCGGCGGUGACCCGUCGCGCCAGCAACGGCUUUCUGCAGCUCCUUCCCAGCGCCACAGCGGAGCGCGGUGGUACGAUGGCGACGACGAUGACGGGGGGGCCUCGAAUGGCCCCGGUGCAGCUCAGCCGCCUCCUCGCCCACGGCGCCACGGUGCGUCGACUGCUCGAGCUCACCCGGUCUCAUUUGCAGGCGCACGUGGAGUCGCUGCUGCGGCACGCCUCGGCUCUUGUUACCGUGGCUUCCCCAUACGGCAGUAGCAGCUACCUGCGUGGCUAUCACGGCCACACGUACCCAUCGAAGAACCCCUCGUCGAGCACGGCGGCGGCGGCGCAGCAGCGGCAAGCGACGACGGCCAGUACGUGUCGUGCGCUCGUCGCGGCGCGAGACGGGCUGACGGAGUUGACGCACGUGUGGGUGACGGUGCGGUGGCACCUUUCCCGCCUGCACGCCCACCACGCCGACUACACGGCUCGCCACGUUGACCUCGAAACGCUGCAGCAACGACACGAUCAGCAGCAGAUCUACGGCCGGCCAACAGCGAAGGAGCUGCGCAUCCUGCGGACACUAGAGCAAGACGCGCCGCUGCUUCCCACCACCGCGAAGGACGAGGAAGUGCGUCUGAAGCGAUGGGUGAAGGAUCAGCAGCACACUGCGGCCGGGACAGCGUUGGCCACCUCCGCUCAGCUUUUGGAAGCGCUGGUGUGUGCCGCGCUUGUACCGCUGAACACCGCUGACCCCUCCGCUCAGCAGAAACUCGUUGACGAGGCUGUUCGCGCCUUGACAGACGUCGAGAUGAUCACCGGAACUGAGGCGACGCACCGACCGGGCAGCGGCGGCGGCAGCAGCAGCACAGGUAGAAACACGACCGCACAGCAGCAGCAGCAGCAACAGGCUCCUCGAUGCACGCAAGAAGCGUUUGUCAUUUACACACCUAUUCUGUUGUGGUGCUAUCUGGCAGAGGCUUGUAGUCGAUGCGGCACCGCCGAGCAGACUGCCCUGGUGCGUGGCGUGCUGGACCGUUAUUUGCUGACGGAGUCACCAGAGGUCAGCAACGCCGAUACGGCAGACGCGGUGUUGACGACGGCGCCUUUUGUGCAGAAGCUGUUGCUGCGGCCUCAAUGGGCGGUUCUCGAGGACUGCAGCCUCACCACGCGGAUGGCGUUCUGCCGUGCCUUAAGUGCCCUCGCUUCCCGCUCCACCCCCGCCUCGUCCUCUGCUGCCGCCGCCUCCUCCUCCUCCACGUCCGCGUUAGGUAGCUUGCAGAGUGCGUAUCGACUGCUGUUGGCGCUGCAGAUCCAGCAGCUGCCGGAGCCGUCCGCGGCGGCCGCCACAGCUCUUCGCGCCGCCCACCACGCUGCGAACAAAACGAAGAAGAACGACACUGCUGGCGUUGGCCUGGGCAACACCGACAGCGUGCAGCGCCACGGUCCUUCCUCGAAGCUCACGUUGAGCUCCGCGCAGCAGCUGCUGUCCGCCAUCACGGAGUAUCUAACUCGCAGCGCGGACACCGCGGCGUCGCGCGAUGGCUCCCCUGCCGCCGCCCUCCUUCUACCCUUGUUGGUCGAACUGUGCAACGUCCUGCUGCAUCUGCCCGCGUCUUCCCCGCAGUGGGCCGACGGCGACGUCCAACUCUUCGCGCUCCGCGUCGUGGUCCUCUUCAAGCAACAGCAAAUGGCUCUGCUGACCGCAUCGCCAAGUCCGUUGACUGUCGGCACGGCGAACGCGACCGCAACCGCCAGCGCCAGCGCCAGCGCCGCUGCCGUAGCGGCGGCCGCGGCUGCUGCCGUCAUGAUGGACGCCUUCCUGCAGCUGCUCUGGACCACCUUUGCGCAUGUGUGGAACGGCGUCUUCCGCAACCCCAACUCGCGGCAGCGACGCUUCUUGCACACCAGCGCUGCGGUCACCCUGUGGGCCCGACGCGUCUUUGAUCAUCACCGGCGACACACGCUGCUGUGCGCCGCAGCCGUGCAGGACGACGACAGCGGCGAGCGCGGCAACGGUGGAAACAGCCCGGCGUCUAGUCGGCCCGGGCGCAGCCCUCGUCGUAAGCGCGACAACAGCAAUCACACCACCGGCACAGACGGGGCUUUGUUGUCCGACACGGUCAGCCCCUUGACGCCUGCGACGGUAGACCCCAACGCGAACCCGCUGUAUUUUGCCGGAGUGGCUUACUUGCCGGGGGAGGACGAUGGCAGCUAUCCUCACCACGACGAGGAGCGACCCGGCGUUGGCGGCGGCACGCCCGUUCCUGUCGCGGGCGGUGUCAGCGAGGGCGAGUCCGUGGAGCGGCAUCGCGCCUCUCCCCAACGACCCAGGACGGGCGGCCCCGGCAGCCCAAACAACACCAACGCACGCGGCGGGGCAGCGUUUUUUUCUACUGUCUUUCUGCAUGCCCACAUGCCGUGUGAGUUCAUGGAGCUGCUGGAGGACAUCCUCUUCCAUCUCCCGUCGUUGUGGACCUACAUUCUGGCACCGCCCGGCACCGUCGCGGUCCCGGCGGUGUCGGCCGCACUGAACCGGUCUGCGUCCCCCACAGCCGCCUCCGAGCACGACGGCGUGUCGCGCAUGCAGACGCAGUACGAUUUCGUGUGUCACGCCGCACUGCAGGCUGCACAGGCGCUUCGAGAGUUGCAGCACUUUGCGAACUCCGGGAACGAACCUGCGGCAGGGGAACGACGGGGAUCAGCAACGGGGACCCCCACGACAGGCGGGCAGCUAUGCGGUCUGCGGCCCAUUUACAUUGAGAUCGUGGCGGCCCUGCAGCAGUACGGUGUCGCGAUGCGCAACAGCAACAGCGCGGCAAGCGGCGGCGGUGCUCAGCAGCAGGGGGGGCACAACACAUCCAGCGCAGCAGCAGCGGCAGCAGCGGCGACGGCGUCAGGGGCACGUGGCGGCGGCAACGCGCGCUCGGGAAACAGCUCUGUCAAUACCCCUGCAGUAUCCUCCGCGUGUCAUGGGUUGAUGGAAACCCUCAACAAGUACAAUGAGGACCCCAAUUACGCGAAGCUGGCGGUGCACGUGGUACGGGAAAUGCUCGCGCUCUGCAAUGAUGACACGCAGAGUAUCUCCAUGGGUGGCGCAGCCCUCAGCAACGCUGCCGCUGCCGGUGGCGGCGGUGGGGGUGGUGGAGGUAGUAGUGCGAGCGGCAGCAGCGGCAGCAACAGUCGCAAGAAGAAUCCCUCAGCGGGUGGCGGUGCAGCUGCAGGCGGCGCAGAAGGCAGCAACAGCAUCAGCGGUGGUGUUGGUGGCGCCGUCAGCGGAAAGAUGAGUGCGUGCGUGUCCGCCGCAGCUGUCACGAUGGACGUGCGACACGUCAUCCGCAGCGUGCGGGCGCAGGUCCACGAGCACCACUGCGCCAUCCGCGCCUUCCUUGCAAGUGUCGACGCGGAAACGGAGGCGUGGCUGACGCGUGGCGGCUUCAACCUCGCCGGGCAGGUGCAGCAGCAGCAGCAGCAGCAGCACGAGCAAAAAGGUCCUCAGCAGGGAACUCAGGGCAGCGGCCCCUCGCCACCGGCCUCGCCUUCCGCCGCCACCGCGGCUUCACCGACCGCGGCAGACGCUGGAAGCGCCAAGGCAGCCGCAGCGUCGACGUCGCGGAAGAAAACGAACCGCAAAGGAAACAAAAAAAGGGCAGGCGGUAGGUCGAAAAAAGCGGACGUCCGCGGCAACGACGACGACGACACAGACGAUGACGAGGCCAACCGCACUGGGGAGGCGGCGCCGUCUACUGGGCUGCCUUACACCGAAGUCACGCGCGACUUUUCCUUUGUCGAGGAGCAGAAGUUGAAGCAGCUGACGUGCGGGGUAGCGCGAUGGCGCCGCAGUCGUGCAGGGCGGACGCUGCGGCAACGCUACGUGCAGUUCAACACCCCGUACGUGGCGCAGUUGCACCUUAUAGAAGCCGCCUUGCUGCACAUGGGUGCGACGGCGCAGCAUGACGCCGCAAAGCAGAAGCGCAUCCUGCAGGAGCUUCUCGCGCGUACGGAUGGCGCAGGCGGCGAUGCACCGACAGCACACGCAGCAGCAGCAGCAGCAGGUGGAGCCGGGACUUCCCCCUCGUCCCUUCGUCUAUCACCGCGAGACACGAAGAAGUCCAGCGUCGCCCCGCCACCAACUAGCAGCUGCGACGACGCGGACACGGAGAGCCCGACGCAGGUCACGGAGGAUCUGCUGCGUCACUGCGUGUGUGCGAGCAACCUCUUUCAGCACCUGUGGCUGCCUGCACGCGCCUCUGCCGCUGUGCAGCUGGCGGUGAGCCACCUUCAGGAGGCCCCGCUGCCCCUCGCACCGUCCUCGCCAGCCUUGGCUGCGCUCGUGUCCCAGCUGCUCGUCACCCCUCUCUUCGCCAUUGCGGCGGUGCAGCAGGGCUACUGCGACGCCCGUCGCGACGUGCACAACUGUGUCCUGCAGCCGCCGGUCAUCAAGGUGGGUGCGGCGGUGUCGUGGUCGCGUCGAAACGACUUACUGUGCACCGCCCCCUCCCUCUUCACGCUGACCUCCGUGGCGGGGAAGAGAGGCGAGCAAAAAAUGGCGCGCCGCGCAGGUGUGCAGGCGAGGCAGCAGCGGCGGUUUCAUCUGCUGCAGCUGUGCUGGUGCGUGGAGGCGGAGGCGGAGACGCGCGCGGAGGCGACCCGCGAUGAGUUGCAGGAGCGGGUGCGCAUUCUGCAAGUCGCACAGCAGCUGUUGCUGCCCCUCCCGGAGCAGUCGACGUCGCUGAAGGCACUGCUGGCCUCUGCCGCUGAACUAUUAGCGCGUGUGUCGGAGAAGGGAAAGCGGACAGGGCGUCUUGUGAACUCGGCGCGGCAAACGUGGGCCGGUAAGAACCCGGUGAGCACCGCAGCGCAUCCGACCCGCGAGGCAGCGCACACGGGUGCCGUGGACACGCUCCCGUACUCACCCUUUGAGGGUAUGGGCGGCGGUUCGACAGGGGCACACGGCGGCAGUAACGCAUCGACGCGUCCACCCGCCAUCGAGGCCGACACCACCACAAGGAAAGGGAAAGGCAGCGAAGGCACCUCGUCUUCCUCCUCUCUAACGUCUGUGGACGCCGCGGCCUACGGACGGGAUAUGACGGAAGCCGACCUGGUUCAUCAGCUAAUUGCGCUGGCACACGCGCUGGAGCAGGCGAGCCCAGCGACGUCUGCGGCGGCGUACCGCACCGCACAGCAGCUCACGAACGGCCGCUACGCAACGGAACUGCUCCCGCGUCUGAUGCAGCUGGAGGAGAACGACGAAGGCUGCGAGCCCGAGGUGCGCGGCGCCACCGUGCUGGCCUACGAGAAGGGGCUGCGGAGUGUCUCGGACGGGGUGUGGCUUCUUCGCAGCGCGCGCUCGGUGCGGCGGCAGUGGUCCACAUCGCCUGUCCUGCCCAACGCAGCGGUGAAUCGUGCUGGGCCAUCGACACAGAGCAGCACCUCUACAUCUGGCGCGGUGUCGUGGAAGGCGGCGAUGGAGGCGUACCAGCGAGCCGCGCAGGCGCUGCGCGCGGCAGGCCGUCUGCACCUCCUCGGGGAGUGCCUCUAUGAGCAGGGCUGUCUCUACUGCGCGGCGGGUCGUUUGAAGGAGGCAGAGCGGAAUUGGAUGGACGCUCUGGACUGUCUGCUCUCCACGCCGCACGUUUUUGAUGACUGGCACACGCAGCGUAUCGUACCUCCGCCGUUGAUCGCCUCGUCGUCGUCCUCAUCCUCGUCCGCUUCUACGAGUCAUCGCGGUGUGGAGGAGUUGGUGUGGAUGGUGGCGGCACUCACGUCCCUCGCAGAGCACGCCUACGCAACCGACGCCUCGCGCGCGAUGGCGGCGCAGCUCCUCUGUGCGCUGCUGGUCCAUCAGUACUGGCGCCUGCCCGCAGUGAUGGAAGGCAGUGCUGGCGGCAGCAGCAGCGACGUGAAGGACGCGUCACGACUGCCGCGCUGGCACGACGCAGGCCUUCCCUACUCCGAGUACAACCAACUGGACGUCGCGGCCCUCAGCGCGACGAGUCCCAUGUACAGGGAAGGGAAGGCGAUCCGCAGCUCGCAGUCGCAGCGCGACGCCACACAGAUGCCUGACACGCUAGCCCACAUUGUGCAUGCUCUCACCAACGCCGCUCAGCUCCUCGUGCAGUCGCACUGCAGCAGCGAGGCCGCCGUCCUCGGCGCCUUCAGCGAUUUCAUGGCGACGGUGCAUCUGCAGCAGGUGGAGCUGACGGUGGCGGCUCGCCUUGUCCGGGCCACCGCCGCCGCCGACCUCGGCAGCUUCUCCGUCGCCAUGCGGCACAUCCACUCGGUCUGCGUCGGCGCUGGGCUGCCGCAGCCGGUGCGGGGUGUAUUGGGCAUGGACAGUCUGCCCGGCUACUAUUCUAUCGCGGCUGCCGUGGCGGCUGCGGCCACCUCGCGAGCCGCAGGCGCGCCGGCCCCCUCCAUCUCCCCAACCCCCGCGAAGAAGCCCGCGGCAGGGACGGGAGCGUUGACGGGCGGUAGUGGGUCUGUCAGCGGAGGGUCCUUUGCCGGCUCCGCCGCAGCCGCAUUGGCAAGUGGGAGUAAAGACGGAGGUGGUGGUGCGCUCUCCCUUUCCGCUGCGGCCACCGUCCUCCCCGCCUCGGUUGCAUCUCUUUUCUUCUUUUACCGCGACGACGACAGUCCGUCCUCGCCGCACAACAUCGCCGCGGUUCGCGCCUUUGUUCUGGCCUGCCUGCCAGGUCUUGCCGUCGACUCUGUUCUUUCCCUCAGCAGCCCUACGAGCCGAACAAUGGCCGCCGCGGCCACAACGUCGUUCGCGUUGCCGCUGGUGGGUGGGUUGCUGGCUUCUCCGGCACUGGAGAGUCGGUACGGCGUGUGCCUGCUCCGGCGGCUUUGCUUGACUGUCGCUGAAGUGCUUGUCCGGCUCGGCACAGGCGAUCUCACCUACCUCUUCCGCUCUCCGCCCUCCCUGUCCUCGCUUUCGAGAACCGCGACAGGCUCGGAAGGCGGUGUUGCGGGAGGAGGGGGUGGAAGGUCCGCCUGCGCCGAGUUUGUCGCUGCCGCGCCGAUCUCCACGACGGCUGCGGCUCCUGGAACUGCAUCUGGCGGUCACCGUCGCGGCUCUUCGCCCGCGCCUCCGUCAUCUGCCGGCAGUGGUAGUAGUUUGGCGUCCUUGGCGUUUUCCUCCGCGGCGUUCCCUCUUUUGGCGACCGGGGAGCGUCCGACGAGCGCGUGCAGCGAGGCGUGCCGCUUCGCCCUUGUCCUCCUGAACUCCCUGCGCAGCGUCGAUGUGCGAUACGCGCUGGUAGGUCAGCCGUCAGCCGCCGUCGGGAGCGCCGCUCUCGGUGCGGGGGAGGAGACGGACAACACAACAUCCAGUCGGGCAACGCGUGUGUCGGCGGAGACGAAUGCGCGUACUCGCGCCGCUAACGUAAGCGGUGGGGAUGCGGGCUACACCGGGUCCGACCCAGCAAGAGCAGCAGCAGCAGCUUCUGCGGUGAUGCAGAGUUUUGCCGGGGAAGCGGAGCGCGGCAGUGCAGCGCCAUCAGCACAAAGUGUGGCGUGGCUCGACACCCUGGCCGCCAUCUCUCAAUGGGCCGUCCUGCUCACAGGUGAGGUCCUCGCCGCGCAAGGUCAGUACAACGCCUGCCUGCAGCUGCUGACAUCCGCCAUCGCCGACUACAACGACGAGCAAGCUGCAGUGGCGCCGUCGGUCGCAGGAGAAGCGAGGCAGCGCAGCAUUUCACCAUCCCCACAGCCCACACCCACAGCAAUGAUCCAGUCCCUACGCGGCUAUGGCCUUCAAGGUAGUCGCGGUGGUGGUGGUGGUGGCAGCAAAAGCGGCACCUCUCUGCCGUUCAACUGCACCUACGUCCAUUGGAUGCGCGUGUGGCAACUCAUGUGCCGCUGCUACUGCCUUCUCCGCCGGUACGCGCAGCUGGAGAACGCCGCUGGCGCACAAGGACUGCGGCUGUGCGACGCCUUUGGUGAGACGGGUGCGCAGAGACGUGCCUUCCAACUCUACCGCCUCUACGCUCUCACUCAGAUGGGCCAGCUGAAGGAAGCCGCGGUGGUGGCAGCAGACUUGCAGCGCGCUGCCGCACCUUUCCUGACACUCACACCCGAGAAGGAGACGGAUGGCACCCUGGACGAUGGCAGCGCUGCCGUGGCGCUGCUGUGGUGGCAGACAGAGCAGGCGAACGCCGGGACGUCGCCGCGGUCCUCGGCCGUCAGCGCCCGGCGUCUUGUCACACAGCUGUUUAAGGUGGCCGUGGCGGAACGCGGGGUGCUGCCGUGGCACCCGCUGUCGCCCUCGCGGCCUGUGGUUGUGCUGGAAUCCCCCAAUGCGCAUACAGUGGUGCCGCUCUGUCCCUUGUCAGGAUGUGCCAAGACGCGUGAUGUGUGGCAACUGCACCACGCCAUGAACCACUACGCCUCCGAGCUGCAGUGGCAGAUGCCGCCGUCGUCACCCUCUCCGCAGCCGCCAGGGGGGAAGGUCUCGAUGAGUGCCGGCGGCAGCGUACGCAACCGCGCACUGUUAUCGGCGCCCCCUUCUACCGACGCCCCUUCCGCGACCGUUGUCGCGUCGACUCCCAGCGCCAUCGUGCUGUUGAGAGAAGCGCUGGAGGCGGUGGGUGCGCAGUACACCACGCAGGCGCACCCGGGUCAAUGGCUUGAAUCGCAGCUGCUGCUCACCCGUCUCAGGGCGAGGGCGGUGUGUGACGCGUUGAACGCGCGACAGCGGCGCAGCAACGAUGACGACGACAACACGAAUAACUCCGCAACGGUGGAGUUCGCACUCGACGAUGGAGCGCCCUCCAUCACCACCGCCGGUGUGGCCGCGGAGCCUUCCCGAGCCGUUCCUGUCUUGUCCUCACGCGACGCCGCCCUCAACGCGCUGCCGGCGCCGGUGCACGACGUCUGCGAGGAGCUCCUCCGUACCCUGCAGCUCCUUCUACAGUUCCCCGUCCAGCGACAUACGAUGCUGCGCGUCGUGCUGCUUGAUCUUGCCGCCGUCCUCUCCGCUCACAUCCGUGAUGUUCGCACUCGCCGGCGCAGAGACACGAAACGUACCGCGCCGGCAGCAGCAACAGCAGCAGCGACGGAAGAGGCGCUUCUACCGCAGUUUGAGGCGGUGGUGGCCGCCUGCACGAUUCUCGCGGGGCUGGUCACGGAUAUGGAGCGUCGUGUCCGCACAGGGGCGGACAGCUUCCGCGGCUACCUGACAGAUCCCCGGCUGGCCUCCUCCGAGGCCGGCGACACCAUCGCGCUUCUCCUGCAGGCACAGUGGCCGGAGUCGUUGUGCGCGGCGGUGCAGCAGACCCACGACAACGUCGGACAGCUCCAGAGUGCAUCGGCACGGAUGAACGCGCACGGCGGCGGCGGCGGCGGCACCUCCCCUUCCCCCUCCCUCGCGGCAGAAGUCAUUUCGCAUCCUUUUUACGCCCUGCCCGAAGUCCAGCAGCAGUUCUUCGGCGCGUCCGCCACAGCAGCAGCCGGCGCCUCUGGAUCCGUCACGGCGACAGGCGCGGCAGCAAACGCAGGGAACAGCAGCAGCGGUCGUAGCGGUUCCGGCGGCAAUCGCGACCAAGGAGCUGCCAAUGUUGGCAGUGGCGUCAAACGUGGCGGCGGCGGCGCAGCAGCAUCAUUGCAGUCGUCGUCCUCCGCAGCAGGAGUGGCGACAGCGGCCGCUGCCGCCGCAUCCCCUCUCGCCUCCCUUCUCAGCGUGCCGGCGUUAGCCCUGACCUUCACCACGCUCUCCGACGAGGCCGCCGCUGUCCUGGCGCUCACGCCAGUCGCCACCGCCCUCGAGCACGACACCGCCGUGCAGCUCCUCACGUCUCACCUACAAUCCCUUUCCCCGCCCAUUAACUGCACCUACCUCUGCUACCGCGAUGAUACUCGACAGCAGCUGCUGGAGGCGGUCGGGGCGGUGCUGAUCCAUCAGCAGCAGCUGCAACAGCCGCAUCCGAAGGGCACCGGUAGUGCGCAGCGCAAGUCGAGCAGUACGGUGCUGAGGCGGCUUGGCGGGGCGGGGGGAAGCGCACAAGGUGGAGCGUCCAAUGCCGGCGGCAUCACCGCCUUGAAUUUCACGGAGGCGGAUGUCUGGAAGGCGCUGGUGCCGCCCGUGUUGCUGUCGGCCCUCCCGGUGGACCUGUUCUCCGCGGUGGGUCCGGAUACCCUCGGGGCGCCGCUCUACAACUCCGUGGCGGCGGCCGCCGUCGAGGUGCCCGGGCACUCGCCCCCGUCCUUCGUGUACGGCAAAAAGUCUGGUCAAACGUUCUCGACCGCCGCUGCUGCAGGUGGUGAUGCGGCGGGAGGGAGAGCAGGGGAGUCCACGACGGCCACGUGGCAGCUCUUCCUGUCCGUCUCUCCGCUGCACGACGCUGGCAUCACGGAGGCCCCCGUACUGACCUCGACCUCCUCCUCCUCCGCCCAGGCAGCUCUCUCCACCGACGCGGUGCUGCUGCUGCCGCCGGCCCACCUCGUCGCGGCGGCAAAUUUCACUGCGAGCGGUGGUGGUGUUGGUGGGAGUGCCGGCUCAGAUGGCGGGGCAGGGGUGGCGAGUGCUCAGGGUGCGUCCAUGGCCUCUACAGGAGGUGCAGCGGCAGCACUGGGCGCGUCUGCAGGUGGCGGUGGUGGGUCAUCCGUGGCCUUCUCCCGUGGGCGUAACACUACUCGCCUUUUUGGUGCAGUGAACAGCACCGUGGCUGCCGCCUCUACCACCGUCGCCCCUGCGCACCGCAGCAGCGAUCAAGAUACCGUCAUGAGCCACGCAGGAGUUAGCGGAACGGUGUGGCCGCCAGCGCAGACCUCGACCUCCCCCCGCGCUGCCUGCCUCGUUCCUUCGACCAAUUGGGCGUUCCUCGACCAGAUUCAGCGCGAAGGACUGUCCGGCGCGCAGACGCGGGUGGAGGAGAACGCAGCGACGACGACGACGACGGCGCCGGUGAAGCCGACGUCCCCUGCGCCCGGCAUUCGCACACACGCGGCUGGCAAGACGACACGCGGCGGCAACGCCGCUACCGGCGGUGCGUCGUCUCCUUCGCACGCCGCCACACACCACACCACGCAUGAGAGCACUAAAACGUGCUCUCCAGGACUUGUAGAGGCCGCUGCGCAAGUCCCCGUGACGUUCCGCUGGCGCUCCGUCUCGCUGGAGAUGUCGGACAGCACCGUGCAGACGCUGCGGCGUCACCUACGCGCCGUCCUGCGUUGUUUGCACCGGGCAGGCGAAGAGGACGCCACCGCUGAGACAGCGGAUCAGGCUGACGCCGUCCUUGAAGCUGCCAAGGCGGAAGCGGACGGGGGCCGAGGGGAGAACGCGACCCGAUCUGCACUCGCCGCUGCGGUGUCGAAGGCGCAGCAGACCCUGCGUACGCACCUCGCCACCGCAGGCGGGGCGAUGAGCUCGAACAGCAAUGCUGCUAGCGGCGGUGGCGUGGGUCUUGGCUCGAGUGGUGGUGGUGGUUCCUCCGCGUUCUUUGCUUCUACCUUGCCCGCUACUGCGGGAAGUGGUGGUUCCUUGGCAAUGAGUGUGUCGAACGCAUCCGCCGGCGCCAUCAGCGCGUCCACCAGCAACAACUCGUCCUCCAUCAUGCGCAAAUCAGCGCAGCGCGUCGGAGCCGCCAACGCCAACUCCUCAGGAAACAACACGACGGACUCGUCUCUUCUCGCCCUCGCAGGCGGCGCAGUCAACGAGAACACGGCGACGCACGAUGAUUUGGCAGCCGCGGUGCGUGCCCGCCAGAUGGCUGAGCGGGAGCGGCAGCGUCAGCAGCAUGCCGAGGAGCUGGAGGAGGCCAAGGCGAGUCUGCUGCGAGAGCUGCUAGAGGCGGUCGUGUCGGCUGCUGUGGGAUUCGGCACUGCCGUUGCGGUGGUGGACGAGGCCCGCGUGGAGCUCGAUGUGCGACGGCUGAUGCCACGCUGUCCCUUGACGCCGACCAUGGUGGACUUUCUGUGCGACUGGCUCGGUGGAGUCUCGGCGGAGACGGUGGACGGUGACGAGGGGGGCGACGACGCGGAUGCGGGGUACAACGGCAGCAGCAGCGGCCACACCUCCCUGUGUUUCUAUAACGCCGGGUUGCAUGAGUGGAUGCAGCGUGUGGCGCAGUACGUGGCCGAGCAGCAGCAGCAGCAGCAGCAGCGCUCGUCGCCAAACAGCGUGUUGAUGUAG